UGCACAGCUGUGCGGGACAGGAGCAAGUGCUUUUCGCCUGCCCUUCUUCUUUUUUAAUUAUAUUUUCUUAAUUUUCUGCGGGGCUCACAGUGUCUCCUUUGGGCCCAGUAGGAGUAAUUUUAAAGCCGUUUUCGGACAUGUCUGAACAAUCCGUGACCAUCCCGGACGACCGGGCGUUCGCCAGCUUCAAGGCGGAGUGUCUGAGCGAGGACGGCUGGCGUGUGACCUACAGCAAGGGGGGCAUCAUGGUGUGGACCCAGAAACUGGAAGCGGGCAACUCCGUCCACAAAAUUAAGUGUCAGCUGGUGUGUAAGGACGUGUCAGCUGAGACGGUGUAUGACAUGCUUCACGACAUUGAAUACCGAAAAAAGUGGGACAAAAAUGUCAUCGAGACCUUUGAUAUUGGGAAACUCACAGUCAAUGCAGAUGUUGGGUACUAUUCAUGGUCGUGUCCCAAGCCUCUUCUGGACCGAGAUGUCGUCACGCUUCGCUCUUGGCUGCCGAUGGGAAAAGAUUACAUCAUUAUGAACUAUUCUGUUAAACAUGCUAAAUAUCCUCCAAAGAAGGGUGUGGUAAGAGCAGUGUCCCUUCAGACUGGUUACCUGAUCCAGAGUCAAGGACCUAAAACCAGUAACCUCACAUACAUGGCCCAGGUAGAUCCACGAGGUUCGCUCCCCAAGUGGGUUGUUAACAAGUCUUAUCAAAUCUUUGCUCCAAAUGUAAUGAAGAAGAUUGGUAAAGCCUGUGCCAAGUACUUAGAGUGGAAGCAGAAACACAACCCUGGUUUCAAGCCCUGGCUGUACCCUGAACAGACUACAUUACCCAGCAUCCCACUCUCUGAGCUAAGCAUUCAGCGUGUUGAGAGCCUGGAGAAUAUUGAUGAGAGCUCCCUGGCUGAGACCCAGGAGGGAAGAGAAGACAGCGACUAACACACACAGACACAUCAGUCAUGUAUUCAUACACAGACUCAUUCAGAAAUGCAGGGAAACAUGUACGUAUGUACAGAGAACCAAAUACAUCAGGGGAAAAACAGAAGCAUAGCACGACUAAAUCAUAUUCAUUCUCUUGUUUUAACUAAAACAGAUUUGACUAAAUAUUCCUAAUUUCUACAACUCUCCCCUGUUAUAGUGACAACUGAUAACUUCAGCAGCUGUGUAAAACAACUUUCUAAAUGUCAUAAAUAGUAAUAUUAAUACUGUGAAUGCCCAAAGAAAAAUGUUGUUGGAUACUGGCGUUGCAGCUACACCCUAUGCUGGUGUGUGUGAUCAGAGCAAAACGACCAUAAAGGCUCAAUGAAUCUAAUCAAAAAAACCAAAAUCAGAGUGAAACAUAGUUCAGGUUUAAGUUUAAAUUACAUUGAGAUCAGCAAAUGAAUGAGUAAAGACUCACGCUCUUAAGGUUAUAUCUUCAUGAUAUCGUAAGGCAGGUUUUUGGGGGGAGUGAGUUGCGUUAUUUAGUUUUUUACACUUUAAAAAGUCAUUAAUUUUGCUGUAGGCACAAAGGAUUGCAACAGCACAAUAUUCUGCAAGCCCUGCGACAGUUGGUGUGCAUUUUGGAGAAUCAUGACCCAAUUUGUCCUAAUGCAAUAUUUGAUUAAAGUGCCUCUCAAAUAUUAAAUUUUCAGGUACUGCCAGGUGUUUCCUUGACAAAAAAUUACAAAUUAUUCUCUCCCCUCUCCCCCACCCCUACACAAAAAAAGCUAAAUGAAAUACUUGUCUGUAAAAACUGCUACAGGCAUUUGAGGAAGCCAUCAAAUUAAGGGGCUGAAUUACUAAAAUGAAAGUCUUACUUAAAAUGAGGCAUCAAAUUAGAAAAUGUGGCUGUAGAUUAAUCAAUUGCCACUUUUUGCUACAUUUUGGAACCAGAAAAAUAUGCCUAUUAAUAAAAAUCUUCAUUUGUCCUGAUGCCAUGAACACAGGUCUCUGUACGUACACAAGAGAACACCUUCGUAAUCAUGUGUGUAUGCAAUUAUUGUACAAAUGCAUAUGCAGGUGUAAUGUGCACAUACUGUAUGUAUGUGCACAUUCAUCUAAAUAGACAAAUUCAUACUUCACCAUCUCCGUCUCAUACUUACAUACGAUGUAUAAUCACGAACAUUCUGUAGUAGAUGUUUGCACAGGUGCUGUGCAGACCUGCCCAAAAAGAAUGGCCAAACGACUUAUUUUUUAGAACUUGAGUUGAGAUUCAGUUUAUUUGUUCAAAAACAAAAAAAACAAACAAAAAAAAAAACAGAAAAGGUGGUGGGGGGUGCAACUGAUCAAUUUUUUCAUUUCUGUACAGGAAUUAUUGUGAUACAAUACAUUGCCGAGCCCUAUGCAGAUUAACAGGUUUCCUGUUAAAUAUAUUUUUCAGUACAGCCUAGUGUUAAACUGAUGUAAACCUUGGGCAGUGCCCGUCCAGCUGCUGUUCCAUUGAAAGGGGUCAUAUUGGGCAUAAUUUGUUUUAAUCUACUUUUUUUUUUUUUUUUUUUAAGAAUUGCGUUUGUGUGAGGUGUUAUGUCAAACAUUCAUGAAGUACCACAUUUCUGUUAUUGUGCAUGUUGACAUUCUUGGCUAUAAGGAACAAUUUGGGUUUUAAGUUUUUUGGUUUAAUCUUUGGUGAAAAGCUUUAUCUGGAUUUUAUUUGUUAAAAGAUUUGAAAGUUAUUUUUAAAUGAUUCGUCAUCCCAACAUCUGUGAGGUAUUUCUGUGUGAAGACUUGAAAUGUCUGUUUUUAAGACACCUGGUGAUCAGUGUUGUUUUGCUGAAAAUGUGGAUAAUUUGACCUUUAUUCUAAAAUAUGAAUGAACUUGUACAGUUCUCCUUCUCAAAGUUAAACAUCUGUGUAAAUUUUGCUGCUGCUCACCAUGUGUACAUAUGUCCAUACAUUCUGUGUGCACAUACAGACCAUAUUCCUGCAUACAUGCAUAAAUAUUUCCAUGAUCUUUCUGGAUCACAUAAAUAUGCAGGUGUGCUGAAAGGCAGCUGGACCUCCCAACCCACUUUAGUGCACACAUACACAUUUUACACACACCUGUACUGUCUGCUACUCUGUUUGAGAAAUGUAUGAGUGUAGGUAGAGUUUAACAAUUAAAUAGACUCCUACAAAGGUUUUCAAAUUUCA